GCUGGUCUGUCGGCGGGUCGGCGUGCAAGAGGAGCCAUGGCGAGUGAUUUUUACUUGCGGUAUUACGUCGGGCACAAAGGGAAAUUCGGGCACGAGUUUCUUGAGUUCGAGUUCCGCCCCGACGGUAAACUCAGAUAUGCAAACAACAGCAAUUAUAAAAAUGAUGUGAUGAUCAGAAAAGAAGCAUAUGUCCACAAGAGUGUGAUGGAAGAGCUAAAGCGGAUAAUUGAUGACAGUGAAAUUACAAAAGAAGAUGAUGCAUUAUGGCCACCACCUGACAGAGUUGGUCGGCAGGAGCUUGAGAUCGUAAUUGGUGAUGAACACAUAUCGUUUACCACAUCAAAAAUUGGUUCUCUCAUUGAUGUAAAUCAGUCCAAGGAUCCAGAGGGUCUAAGAGUGUUUUACUACCUUGUCCAGGACCUCAAGUGUCUCGUCUUCAGUCUUAUUGGAUUGCACUUCAAAAUUAAGCCAAUUUAAAUUGUAUGGUUAAAUUUGUACUGUAAAAUGUCCUGUCAUUCCUUAUGUUGUUUAUUAAAUGACUUUUAUGUA